AUGAUCGAGGAAAUCUUUCUCGAGGACGCUCUUCAAUUACUUGAUGUCAAAAUCGCCGUCAAUGCCGAUUUUUAUCGAAAUGAUUUAUGCAGUUUGGAGAAAGAUCUCGAGAUGGAUCUGGAUUUGCAACAAUUGCAGAACUUCUUGAAUCCCCACCAUGAAAAGGGCAAUGAAGGAGAGCUGAUGUACAAAGCUUUCACCAAAUACGUCGAUCCAGAGAUUCCCGAAAUCGAUCACAGUUUAGUGACAUGGCAAAAACACGUGAUGUUGAAUGAUUGGAGAAUCGUGCAAAAGGAUCAAAAACAGACGAAAGCCACGUGCAUUCGUGGAGAGAAUUAUCUCCUCUUUCAUCUGAUCACCGAG